AUGUCCCCGCUGCUGUAUUUAGGAGGACUGGUGGUGUUGCUGCUGCUGUGGAUCAGACUCAAAGGUCUAGACUACGUGAUCGUGCACCAGAGGUGGAUCUUUGUUUGUUUGUUCCUGCUGCCGCUCUCCGUCGUAUUCGAUGUCUAUUACUAUGUGCGCGCGUGGCUCAUAUUCAAGAUGUGCUCUGCGCCAAAACUGCACGACCAGCGCGUGCGAGACAUCCAGAGACAGGUGCGUGAGUGGAGGAAGGACGGGAGUAAGACGCACAUGUGCACCGGUCGGCCCGGCUGGCUCACUGUGUCUCUCAGAGUGGGAAAAUACAAGAAAACACACAAAAACAUCAUGAUCAAUAUGAUGGACAUUCUGGAGGUGGACACCAAGAGGCAGGUGGUGAGAGUUGAGCCGCUAGCCAACAUGGGCCAGGUAACAGCUCUCCUCACUUCUAUUGGCUGGACUCUGCCGGUGCUGCCAGAGCUGGAUGAUCUCACCGUGGGUGGUUUGGUGAUGGGUACAGGCAUCGAAUCGUCUUCUCAUAUUUACGGCCUGUUUCAGCACAUCUGUGUUGCAUAUGAACUGGUCCUAGCUGAUGGCAGUUUGGUUCGCUGCACUGAGGAGGAAAACUCUGACUUGUUCCAUGCUGUCCCGUGGUCCUGUGGUACUCUGGGAUUCCUGGUUGCAGCUGAAAUUAAAAUAGUCCCUGCUAAGUCCUGGGUGAAGCUGCAGUAUGAGCCAGUCAGAGGGCUGGAGAACAUCUGCAAGCGCUUCACCGAAGCAUCGGAGAACAAGCAGAACACGUUUGUCGAGGGCCUCCAGUACAGUCUGGACACUGCUGUCAUCAUGACGGGAACCAUGACUGACCACGCAGAGCCUGAUAAGAUUAACAGAAUCGGGCUGCACUUUAAACCCUGGUUCUUCAAACACGUGGAGAGCUACCUGAAGAGAGACCACACUGGGGUGGAGUACAUUCCUCUGAGACAGUAUUACCACAGACACACACGCAGCAUCUUCUGGGAGAUUCAGGACAUCAUCCCAUUCGGUAACAAUCCGGUCUUUCGCUGUCUUUUCGGAUGGAUGGUUCCUCCGAAGAUCUCUCUGUUGAAGCUCACACAGGGAGAGACCAUCAGGCGGCUUUACGAACAGCACCACGUGGUCCAGGACAUGCUGGUUCCCAUGAAGCAUCUGCAGGCCGCCAUCACAUGCUUCCACGAGGACAUUAGUGUUUACCCUCUGUGGCUGUGUCCGUUCCUGUUGCCAUCAGGCAGAGGGAUGGUUCAUCCCAAAGGUGAAGAGGCGGAGCUGUACGUGGAUAUCGGGGCUUACGGAGAACCUAAAGUCAAACACUUUGAAGCUAAAGCAUCAACACGUCAGCUGGAGAAGUUUGUGAGAGAUGUGCACGGGUUCCAGAUGCUGUAUGCAGAUGUGUAUAUGGACCGAGAGGAGUUCUGGGAGAUGUUUGAUGGACAACUGUAUCACAGACUGAGAGAGGAACUGGGCUGUAAAGGGGCCUUCCCCGAGGUUUACGACAAAAUUUGUAAAUCUGCUCGACACUGACCCCCCCCCCCAUCACCGGUACCUGACCUCAACUCUGUGUCACACAAACACAGAGACAAUGUCUGCAACUCAUGAUACACAGAUAUUUCCUCUAAAGCAAUAAGAUGUUUUACACAAUCAGAAGUUUAUAUGGUGAAAUUAAGCUUUGUACAAACAAGCUAAAUUCACAUCUAGUGGUGAUGUUGCAUGUUGCAGCUGAACACCCCUCACCUCACCCUCUCAUUCCAAACAUGACAGAGAACCUGUGGUAGCCUUCAGUUGUCAUAAAAACUCAAAAGGUGUUUAGUUUGUCCAGUCUGGGCUAAUGUAAAAAACAUGGCAGGCUCCGUAGAGAGGGUCCCCUUCAGAUAUAAAUCUUAAGUAUUUAAAUACAAAAGAACAAUUCGUACAUUAAGAUGAUCACACACUAGUGAAAACAUCAUUGGGACUAUUUAAUUUCUGCCAAUAGAUCCCUGUCAUUUAAUUUUGAACACUGGACCUUUAAGAACUCUCUCCUAUCAAUGUGAAACAAGUACCAUAAAGCUUUUAAGUCAUGAAUGUAUUUACUAUUUCCUUUGUGCACAGGUAUUUAACAUGGUCUAAUUUCAUUUGCAGCUUGACUAAAAACUGUAUAUGUAUCAUGUGCUUGUUUCAGAGCAUAUUGCACCAAAUGUCUUAUUUUUUCCCCUUUUUUUAAGGGUGUUACACUCUACAUACAUUUUCCCUGUUGAAAUACAUUAAUACCCAAGUGCCAUACACAUAACCUCCCAAUAAGCUUCAUACAGACAUUUUAAAACACUUCAAAAUACAUGCUAGUGAAUUUAACAUUCAGUCCAGAUAAAAACCAACUGUAAAAUAUUGGCUACUAUUUUGAUAUGUAAAUGAGAAAACAUCUCAUGGACUGUGUGAGGGAUGGAUGGCUGAAAUAAAAACUUCAAAUAAAAAAUUAUUCAACAA